GCGUUGCUUCCGUAAACAAGUAGAACCAACCCAAGCGCUGGAAACGACGAAAAUGAUGCUAGGCGAAGCGCAUCGUCCGAAUCCGACGGUCCACGUUCCUCCGUGGUCGUUAGUCGACGAUCUGACGGCUGAUAUUUAUUCUCCACUCGGCGUAUCAGUCAACCCGAACGGCAAUGCAAGUAGCAGCCCGGACGGCGGCAACAACAGCAACGCCUAUUAUUUGCAAGAGGCCAUAAUGGCGCUUCAGCGGUAUUUGCCGUCGAACGAACCUGAUAUAGAUUCUGAUUCCGAGUUUUCGGGCUUGGACCAGCCGGAUUCUCCCGUCGACGCCUACUCCUGCGAUCAUUUCCGCAUGUUCGAGUUCAAAAUCCGGAGGUGCGCACGGGGAAGGUCCCAUGACUGGACCGAGUGCCCGUACGCUCAUCCGGGAGAGAAGGCAAGGAGAAGAGACCCGAGGAAGUAUCACUAUUCGGGUACCGCCUGCCCCGAUUUUCGUAAGGGAAACUGCAAGAAGGGAGAUGCCUGUGAGUUCGCUCAUGGGGUAUUUGAGUGCUGGCUCCACCCUGGCCGGUACAGGACACAGCCCUGCAAAGAUGGACCCAACUGCAGGAGACGGGUCUGCUUCUUCGCUCACUCGCCGGAACAGCUAAGGGUCCUGCCCCAGCAGAGCCCAAGGAGCAUUAAUUCCGCCGAUUCUUUUGAUGCUUCCCCUUUGAGGCAAGCGAUUGAGGCUUCCUGUGCGAUGAAACUGCCGUUCAUGUCGUCUCCGGGGUCGGUUUCGCCACCCACCAGUCCCAGAGGUGAGUCACCGCCCAUGUCUCCGAUGCCUGUGUCACUGAGUCGUUCAGCAGGGUCCUGCUCGAUCCACGAAAUGGUGGCUUCCUUGAGAAACUUGCAGCUAGGUAAGAUGAAGUCUCUGCCAUCUUCUUGGAACGUGCAGGUUGGCUCUCCAUCUGGAUUCGGGUCUCCGAGAGGGUCCUUGCUUCGACCCGGAUUUUGUAGUCUCCCGGCUACCCCUACCCGUGCUCCGGCCUGCCCAGGGAUCGGCUAUCUUGAUGCGUGGGAUAAGGUAUGCGAGGAGGAGCCUGUGAUGGAAAGGGUUGAGUCAGGCAGAGAUUUGCGCGCAAAAAUGUUUGAGAAACUGAGCAAGGAAAACUUGUUGGAUCGUGAGGAAGCGCCGGACGUUGGUUGGGUUUCGGAGUUGAUCAAGUAAGAUUUGCAUAUUUCCUCGGAAAAAGUUAGGAUUUCUGGCGUGAAUCGGGUAUCCUUAUUGGGGUUUAAUUAAUUUGGUAACUGUUUUCCGAUUCCUCUCACUGUGAAUAGAACUGAAAGAAGAGAAAGGGAGGGAAAUCUGGGAAUAGAUUUUGGGAGCAACAAAGAUUGAAGAUUCUGUGUACAUAAACGUAUAUAUUUAUUAUUAUAUUAAUAUAAAAUAUGAUAUAUUAUGAGCAGUAGUUAUGGGGGAAGCAAAGUAGAAUCUCUGUUUUGGAGAGAAGACGAAGAUGGAAGAAGAAGAAAGGAAGAAUUGUUGGUUUUAUUUAGUUUAAUGGUUGAUGAUUCUUGUUUUUUUAACUUGCUGCUAAUCACGAUUGUAUUGUAAAAAUUUCGGAUCUGUAUUUCCUUAUUUAAUAUCAAUGGCAAUGUAAAUAUUUUCGUUUUUUA